UGCGAGCAGGGCGCGGGCCGCCGAACGGCUCCCUCGCUACCCUGCUGAUGAGGACGCGCACACGCAUGAGUCCGCGUCCGCAGGGGCAUGCAUGCGUCAAUGCGCUGGGGGCGAUGCGAAGGCGGGUUGGCCAUGUUAAGAACCGGGUAGCCCCGUGGCGGAACCCCGCCCGUCAUGACGUCAUCAGCACAGGCCCAAUUCCAAUCGCCAGCUUCUGCUACUACUCGCCCAAGCUGCAUAACCCCCAGCGCGCCCCUCCCACGAUAACAUAUCCCAAUACCGAACUGCCGCUCGACCCGACAUUUCGCGCGCUCAUGCAGUGCGCCUACUGCCCCAGGAUUGCGGGUGGCCGAGGGAUAGGUAGCCAUCAGCGUAAAUGCAAGCAAGCCGCUUUUAAUGCGGCAGCUGAGCAUUGCAGCACGCACGGCUUCCUCCCAGACGGCGUGAUUCCCGACAUGCUGGAGAUGCUGGUGCAGGCUCACAUCAUAACGGCUGUUUACUGCUCAGACUAUACGUCAGCAGCCGCGACAGCGACGCAACAGGUCGUCGGAGCCUUCCCGCCAUCCCAGAGCCUGAGCUGCCUGAAACCGGCCUCGGCGGCAGCGGAACUGACGCCUUUGCCAACCUCGAGCACUUUGACUUCAGCGACCUUCACGGCGGGACGCAAACGCACCCGGAAGAGAUGUUCGCGGCCGGCGGCCUGGAGUCGCCGGCUUUUCCUCACAGCCGCCGACACAAAUGCCCCUGCAGCAGCAGCACCAGCCGCAACACCAGCCGCCGCCGCCGCCGCAGCAGCAGCAGCAGCAGCGCCAGCAGCAGCAGGACGUGCUUCGCACGGAGCAGCAAGCCGGCUACAGGGCCCCCCUGCACGCCGGCGGCGGGGUCACUGCGGGCGGCGGGGGGCCCACUGCAGGCGGCGGCGGCGACAGCACAGCGGACGGCGGCCUGUUGCUGUCACCGGGCAAGCUGGCGGCCGCUACAGCUGCCAUUGCAGCAGCCGGCUUGGCAGGCCUAGGCCGUGCCGGACCGGCUCGGCCUGUGAUCCCCACAGCUGCCGCUCACCCCCCGCAGCGGCCAUGCCAGCGGCGGGGGGGAGGGGGGCUGCAUCACACAACGGGCGCGCGCCCCCAUCCCGGCUAUGACUCUGAACAGCCAGCUUCAGGCAUAGGAUAAAGCCAAGGCUGUGUACUCACUGCUAGAUUAAACUAGUUGAACUUUCAUUCCCUGUCUAUCCCGUGGAAGCGAGCGCUUAAAGCUUUGCGUGGAACCGCAGCACGCCUUUGCUUCUGCACUUUCCUUUAUUCCAUAGAUUGACUGGUCAAUUCUGCUGCUGGUGAAACCUAAGAGAGGUACUUAUGUAGAGAGAGGGAGGGCUGGGUAAUCCGCAAGGCCGUUGACCUCCACAGCCGACCGCGACGACCCGUCUUGUAGACUCAGUCUUCAAGGCUACCAUAGGUCACACGCCCACCUCCACGUCGCCAACUUGAAAGACCUCGGUGAGUUUCUUCUCCGCUCGUCGGGGUUCGCUGCUGUAUGGGGAUGGGUUUGGGGACGACGGCACACGGGUAUGACGCACGACCAGGUUGACGUGCGGUGAUUGUGGUGGUUUGCUUGGUUGCGGGCUGGCGGUUUGGAGGGGGGCAGCCUGGCUAUUCAGGGCAAGGAGGGGGCGGCCGGUCUGCCAGUCACACGCCCCGC